AUGCCGAAGAAAAAAGCCAAGAAGGGAGGGAAAAAGGGGAAGGGAAAGGUAAAGGAGAACAAAUCGAAUUCCAACACGGAUAAGGAAUGUGACACGGAGAGGGCAAAGGCUAACGCGGCUCUGUGGGAGGCCCGGCUGGAGGUGACGGAGAACUCGCGUGUGGAAUAUCGCGAAGCUGCUCGCAGACUGGCCCGGGCAAAUGAAGAGCUCACAAACCAGCAGUACAGAGCCGAAAAAGACACUACGGACAUUAUUGCUUUUCUGAAAAAGAAAGAACUCGAGAAAGAAACGCAGAUUGCUUUUUUGGAAGAACAGCUAAAAGAUGAGAAAUCAAAAGCCCUCCAAGACAAAGAGUUUUUAGUUGCAGAGUAUACAGCAAAGAUUAAUGAGCUGGAAGAGAGGUUUAAGAAGAGAUCCAGAGAUUUUUCCAUGAUUCAAGGGGAACUCAAGACCAUCAAGGAGUUCCACAAAAAAAAAGCCCAUAUGGAACAAGAGUUAAUCGAUAUGAAAGAAAGCAUGUUCAUUGCUGACCGUGAACACAAGGAGAAUAUUGCAAGAAUGGAGCAUAAAUUUUUCAUUGAAAAGGUCUGUUUAGAAAAGGAAGCGGAGAAGAGAAUUUCCCAGCUUGCAGAAAAAGCCCACAAUGAAGCAAUUGUACAACUGGACAAUGUGUCCCGCUCAGUGUUUAAGGAAAAUGUACGUUUAAAUGAGGCACUAGGAUAUCAUUUAAAAGAGGUGGAAGAGUUGAAAAGGAGCAAUAAAGCCUUGACAGAGGAAAAUGCUUCUCUCAUCUUGGAUAAGGAAACCAGCAACUUGAUGAUGAAUGACAAUGUGGCUCAGCUUGCAGCUCAGCGAAGUGAGAUCUCUGAGCUAAGGACCAAAGUAGCCACUCUGGAGCAAAAGCUGUCCCUUAUAACAACCGAGUGUAAGCAGGACAAGGUUGCCAUGAAGGAAAGAGCUGUAGUUAAUGCUCAGGCUGGCAAGGUAGAGCUGGAGAAGCUGCAAAAACUGCUUGCCAUGCGUGAACGCGAGAUGAGCCGAGUGAAACAACUUGCACGUAGCAUUGUGGAACAGCGCACCCAGCUUGAGCUCUUCUUCCAUGAGGCUCUGGCUCAAGUUAAGCAGGAGAUCAUAACCAGCCAGAUCCAAUACAGACAGGAAGCGAAGGAGGCUUAUCGUAAACGGAUGAGUGAAGCUCGGUCAGGGAGGAAGGAGUAUCCCCACAUACGCACCUUUAAUAAAGCUUCACACAGCACCAACAAUGUUUACACUGAUCUGGAAGAGGCUGAAAGGUGGAACAACCUUCAGAGGGCAAAAGUGGAUAUUUCUGAUCUGACCUGGGAGCAGAAGGAGCGGGUGCUGCGGCUGCUUUUUGCUAAAAUGAAUAGUCUGAAAACAAGGAGAACAGUGCAGCUUCCAGCUCUGUCCCCACCCUCUGAGACAGACCAGAAUAACAGCAAACCCAAAGCUGAAGAAGAAUCUCCCAUGACCUUUUUAACCCAGGGAUCCAUGUCCGACAGGAUGUCUAACCCCAGUGGCCUGUCGUAACCUCCAAGCACCUAAACCUGGUUUACUUUAUCAGAUGAUACCACAUAACCAUAUGACCAAAUCAACCUUCAUGUACACUCAUUAGCUUGUCUGUUUACUGAGAAAUAUCUUCGCUAUAGAAAGAGUCAGUAUUUCUAAAUAACAUGACUUUCUGUAUAAAUUAAAGUGGUACUGCUUUCUUGCAUGUACAAAAUACC